GCGGUAGCCGGGCUUUCAGGGGUAGUGGUCUAGUUGGGCGCUUCCUCUGCGCUCUCGCUCCCCUUCCCCUGUCUUGGCAAUGCGCCCGGCCUUCGCGGUGGGCCUGGUUUUCGCAGGCUGCUGCAGUAAUGUGAUCUUCCUAGAACUCCUGGCCCGGAAACAUCCAGGAUGUGGGAACAUUGUGACAUUUGCACAGUUUUUAUUUAUCGCUGUGGAAGGCUUCCUCUUUGAGGCUGAUUUGGGAAGGAAGCAUCCGGCUAUCCCAAUAAGGUACUACGCCGUAAUGGUGACCAUGUUCUUCACUGUCAGCGUGGUGAACAACUACGCCCUGAAUCUCAACAUCGCCAUGCCCCUGCACAUGAUAUUUAGAUCUGGUUCUCUAAUUGCCAACAUGAUUCUGGGAAUUAUCAUUUUGAAAAAAAGAUACAGUAUCUUCAAAUAUACCUCCAUUGCCCUGGUGUCUGUGGGGAUAUUUGUUUGCACUUUCAUGUCAGCGAAGCAAGUGACUUCCCAGUCCAGCUCAACUGAGAAUGAUGGAUUCCAGGCAUUUGCAUGGUGGUUGCUAGGCAUUGGGGCACUGACUUUCGCUCUUCUGAUGUCUGCAAGGAUGGGUAUUUUCCAAGAGACUCUGUACAAACAAUUCGGGAAACACUCCAAGGAGGCUUUGUUUUAUAAUCACGCCCUUCCACUUCCUGGUUUCAUCUUCUUGGCUUCUGACAUUUAUGACCAUGCAGUUCUGUUCAAUAAUUCUGAACUGUAUCGGGUUCCAGUCGUUGGUGUGACGGUGCCCGUCAUGUGGUUCUACCUCCUCAUGAAUGUCAUCACUCAGUACGUGUGCAUCCGGGGCGUCUUCAUUCUCACCACAGAAUGCGCCUCCCUCACCGUCACCCUUGUCGUGACGCUGCGCAAGUUCGUCAGCCUCAUCUUUUCCAUCUUGUACUUCCAGAACCCUUUCACCCUGUGGCACUGGCUGGGCACCUUGUUUGUCUUCAUUGGGACCCUCAUGUACACAGAGGUGUGGAACACCCUGGGGGCCACCAAAGGCCAGCCUCAGAAGGAGGAGAAGAAGAACUGAGGCCCACCUGCAGUAGAGAGACCCGAGGCUGAUGGGCUGGGGCCUGGCUGCUAUUUCACCUUGGUUAAUGCUGAAUUACCCGCCGGGUACCAGGGAAUCCUCAGAGGGAGGGGCUUCUCAGAUUUCUCAUGGCUCUGCAGACCCACAUUUGUGGACCCUGAGUAGAAGCCCCUCUACCCUGAAGUAGAAAAGAGAACGGUUCUCCACUAUCGGGUAGCCCUGUUCAUUUGUUAUUUCUGUUUUGUUUACCAAAAUAUUCAGCACUGUACUGGCUUACUGUAUUCUGAGUCCCCAGAGCUACUAGUUUUAUAUCCAUGGUCUCAGACAAGAUUCUCCCUGUUCUGAUGAUUCUCUUCUGUAACAGCCAUCCUCCUCCUGGGGCCUUGACCCCUUGCUCCAUCACCCUGCCACCCGCAGCUCCACUUUUCCAUCUGACGCUCCAGGCACCCUCACCAGGAAGAGAACUGAGGCUCCGGUGAUAGUGGGGCUGGGCUUUCUCCCGAGAGUUGGGAAAGAAGCAGGUAUCCCUAUGUGCCCUGGUGACACUGGGGCAAGACUGGUGGGAAUCCUUUCCCACAUUUUUCCUUUUUUUCCUCCCUCUAUGCAACAGUCAUGUGCUUUCAUACCUUUUGCUUUCUACUGCAGCAAUUCUCUAUGGCACAGUGCUAAAGAAGAGUUGUAUAUGAAUUGGGAAAGAGAGACUUUUACUCUCUGUCUUCUCUCAGUUGUCUGAGUCAUUUAACCUCAGGGUUAGAUGGUGAUGCCAGGAGGACACAGGAGAAACUGGCCAAGAGGGCACUUGGAGAGCCUCGGGCUCUCCCGCCUCUACACCCAGCCAGGCAUUCAGGGCGGGUUCCACGUGGGAGAGAGGUUAAGUCUUUGAAAUGCUGCUUAAUCAGAGAGGUUCAUCUCUGCCUGGCAACUCUUUUCAGAGUUAUGACCAGUCAGGCUAAUGGGUAAACCAAUAUAUUCAGUACAUGUGGGUGUGGCGUAUCAGGCCAAACUACAUCUGAAAUAGAAGGGUUUUCUUUUUUUAGUGUUCUUUCUGGGUUUGAGGGUGAGCGUGUGUUUUUAUAUGUAGAAACCUGUCCCCCCCUUUUUGCUAAUCAUUUCAAAUGUCUGGUUUUCCUCCCAUGGGAUAAUUUUGAGAAAGAACAACAGCGUUAGGGUGGUGUGUGUAGGGGUGUGUAUGCUCUUGUGUGGUUUGUGAUCACUGGUGAGAGGAGAACCUGAAAGUCAGUGUUUUAUUUCCUCAUCCUUCAACAGCCCUGACCUGCAUCACCUCACCAGGUAUGUGCUUUGAGGGUCCAUCAGAUUUACCAGCCUCUCUUUUUGCACAUAGAGGCCUCUCCUUCUGUGCUGGGCACAGAUUGUGUUCUUAAAUCGAGAGGUGGCUCUCCAAGUCUCCUGGGCUCACCCAAGGUAUGAUGUGUUUAUUCCAGUUUCAGGAGCUGUUCUCUGAUGGGCCUGAGAUGAGUGUCCUAGAAACCCUGGGUCACUUUGGGGGAAGUCAGUUAAGCUGCCUUGGGUUUUUUGUUACAUACAGUAUGGAUACUGUUUCUCCAUCUAAGUCCCAGGGUUUUCAGAUCGAUUUGUUGUUCUGGACAUUGACAGCUGUGCUGUGCCAGUGAGAGUCUAUACUAAAAGAUGCUGAAUUAAGUGUGAAUUUGUUCAUGUACUCAAAAGGUAUU